ACAUUCUCUGCCCGGAUUCGUAGUCGUCUCCACCGGGCGCAGGUAAAAUUGCCCCUCCAUGCGAUUAAACGAGACGAGCCUUGCCUUCGUCAUUGUUUCCGACAACACGAGCCAGCCCAGCCUCAUCUUCAACGUCAACAGUGGCACAGUCUAGGUUACAGCAACUUGCACAAGGCCAGCCUCUCGAUUCAUUUUCCUCUCCUUUUCUCGUUUUCAACGUCAACUUUGGGACUGGCUAGUUGAUAGGCAACCUGCGCAAGAAGAGCUUCUGGAACGAUUUUCUUUUCUUGGUCUUCAUAAUACGAAAAGCCAGUCCGAUCAACCACCGGCGCGAUGGUCGUCGACACAACGUAUUACGAUGCUCUAGGGGUGAGCCCGAAUGCGAGUGAAUUAGAUAUAAAAAAGGCCUAUCGAAAGCUCGCCAUCGUAACGCAUCCAGACAAGAACCCCGGCGACGAAACUGCCCACGCACGCUUCCAAGAGAUCGGUGAAGCCUACCAAGUCCUCUCCAACACCGACCUCCGCAAAGCCUACGACAAAUAUGGCAAAGACCAAGCCCUGCCUUCAGAAGGUUUCGCGGACCCAGCAGAGUUCUUCGGCACCAUAUUCGGCGGCGAGGCAUUCGUAGACCUGAUUGGAGAGAUCAGUCUCAUGAAAGACCUCACCAAGACGAUGGACAUCACGAUGCAAGAGCAAGAGGGAGAAGGGGCGGAGGAAUUUCCUGGGGAGGCAGAAGCCAAGAAAGCUAGUCUGGCAGAGGAGAAGGCGAGGCAGGAACAAGCUGCGAGUGUGAGCGGCGAGGGUAGCAGUAAGGUUAAUAUUGGAGGAGGCGUACCGGCACCGAGCGUGGCGGAGACGGUGGAUUCGGAGAAGUUCUCGACGGCGAGUACAUUGGCGCCUGAGAAGGGAGCUUCGAGUCCGACGCCUUCUGCUUCGGCGAGCGGGACGAGCACACCGAGACGGCAGGGCAUCCCGAUACGACAAGCUAUUAUGGAUAAGACGGAAGAGGACGCACAGCUCAAUGCUGCGGGACUCACAGAAGAGGAGAAGGAGUUAAGGAAGAAGGAAAAGAAGAAGGGUGGCUUGUCGAAGGCUCAACGGGAAGAGUUAGCUGCGUACGAGAAGGAACGAGCAAGAGUUAGACAAGAGAGAGUUGAUACCCUGGCCAAGAAACUCGUGGAUCGAAUCUCGGUAUGGACAGAAACCGGCAAGGAGGCAGAUGUCACAAAGGCUUUCCAAGAGAAGACUCGGUUGGAGGUUGAGAACCUGAAGAUGGAAAGCUUUGGUCUGGAUAUCCUACACGCCAUUGGCACAACCUAUAUGCAAAAAGCCACCGCCCUCCUCAAAUCCCAAAAGUUCCUCGGAAUCGGCGGUUUCUUCUCGCGACUAAAGGAUAAAGGUACCCUCGCCAAGGAGACCUGGAACACAAUAUCCUCCGCAAUCGACGCCCAGAUGACCAUGGAAGAGAUGGCCAAAGCCGAAGAGAAAGGAGGUGAAGAGUGGACUGAUGAAAAGAAGAGCGAGUACGAACGUCGCGUCACAGGCAAGAUCCUCACGGCGGCGUGGCGAGGCAGUAAAUUCGAGAUCCAGAGCGUGUUGAGGGAUGUAUGUGACGAGGUUCUGAACGACAAGAAGGUCUCGCUGCAUAAGAGAUUGGAGCGUGCUCAGGCUUUAGUUAUUAUCGGGGAGAUUUUCCAGAAGGCGCAACGUAACCCAGAAGAAGAAGGCGAUUACAUGGCCUUCGAACAACUCGUCGCCGAAGCAGCAGCAAAGAAAGAAACAAAGAAGAAAUCUAAAGAUAAGAAGGGUGCGGAUGUCGGACACGCGGCUGAGAAGACGGCGGCUGAUGCUCCGAACGUGCCUCGUUCGUAGAGCUAGAUGAAGGUUGGGGGUUUUGUUUUUCGCGUGUUGGAUUACGUUUAGCGGUGCUUGAGCUUGCAUGGUAGAUAGAUUGAGA